CCGGAAUCGAAGCCAAGGAGACGAACGGUUGAUAGCGGACGUUUCUUUGAGGUAGAAAGGAUAAUUUCAAGCCGCGAAGGACAGCAAGUAAGUUUGGUUUUUUUGGUAGGCGAACUCACACGGAAUGUGGGCAAAAAAGUCUCCAUUUCGUUGUAAAUAGAUUAUGCUAUUAGUGAAAUAAUUCUAAGAGGUCAUAUUUUGUUUUAAGACAUGUACAAACAUUAAGUUGGUUCAACUAAAAGCUCUAAAAAGUUAACUUUCGCCAGUUAUCAGUUUAGAUAUUCUCAAAAGAGGAAUGCUUUCAUUUGCAGUUAGCGUGUUAGGAGAAUUUGAAUGUAUCUUUCGCUUCAAUUCUGUAAAGCUACAAACUAAGCUUAAUUUCGCGGGUAUUAAAUACAAAACUUAAAUAUUUUUCUUUCUCGUUUAAAGGAGAGAGAAUAUCUUGUGAAAUGGAAGAAUUUUAGUUCUUUUGAUGCUUCGUGGGAGCCAAAACAGCAUUUGAACCAACUUUGUCUGAAGUAAGCUUUCUUGUUUACUGAAAACAAUGUACCGGAGUAUGGCAUUGAAAUUGGUUCUUGUCUGUUUUUCAUGCAUAAUAAGUCAUUCUAAUUCUGUUUAUUGUUAUUUAUUUUAAACAGAUACUAUGAGCAUCCCAAACCAGAGAGGAAUGUCAUAUUAAAUGAAGUUUCCAGACUAAGGGUGGCCAUUGGUACUUCUCUGAAAGCAUCUACACAAAGAAAGCAAGUGACUGUGGAGUUUAGAGAAGAUGUAUUUAAACAUUUGUUUGGAAAGAAGGGGGUGCAAAAUGGAAGGUGGAAAGUCUUGGCACAAGAAGAAUUUUCUCCAUCAUUUUUUCCUCCUAACUGGCAUUGUUUGCUUGACCUUCAUGGGCAAGGAACAAAAGUUUUAUUCCCCAUAAAGAUUAGACACUUUCUUUCAUGGUCAACCCAGAACUAUCAUUUAAGAGAAGGUAUAGUUACUAAAUCAACUAGAGCUUUUCUAGAAAAGUUAACAGUGGAUUUUAUUAAAGUUGCUGCAUAG